AUGGAGACCAGGGUCAAGGGAACGCAGUCCGAGAUCAGUAUGGAAUCCAGCAGAACAAGGCUGCUGCAACCGCUCAGAUCGCAAUCCCAGGAUAACGAAAUCCGAUUAUUAUCCACAAGAAGCGAUCUGGCGAUGACACCAUGGCCUCUACAAUCGGAAUCUCCAUCUGAAUCGGAUGAAUCCGAAUCCGAAUCAGGUUACACCACAGAGAGUAGCUACCGAACGGUGACUGGAUACGAGCUCCUACCGCAAAGUAGUUCGUAUGCCAGCAGCCAGAAUCCCUACGCGGCUGAGCCAGCGGACUUCCUCUGGGAGAUCUACGUGCCCAUCCAUAGUAGAGCCACUGCGGAGGACAUCCAGACCGUUCACGGGGAGUUGCGGGAGUUGCUGGCCAGCGAGAUGCACUUAAUGGGAGGCGCAAAUGGACCAGUGAUCUAUCUAAUAGCAUACAGCUACAUGUGAUCAUUUCUUAGAUAUUUAAAAUAUAUAAACCACAAUUAAAAUAUUUACUCAAUCCCCAUUGGAGGAUUGGAGCAUAAAGAUA